AUGUCAAAAAGAAAGUUCAGAAACGAUACAGGCGACGAAGAAGAAUACGAAAGUGGAUCAUUUGUCACUUAUGGUACUUCCCUUCCUAAUGUAAAUUCUGAGGACAAGGAUAAAGGGAAAUACCAACCUGUAUGGAAACAAGAAGUGCGUGAUGAAAGAGGAUUGAGAAGACUUCAUGGAGCCUUCAAAGGCGGCUGGUCUGCUGGUUACUUCAACACCGUUGGAUCUAAAGAAGGAUGGACGCCUACUUCUUUUGUAUCGUCUCGUGGAAAGAGAAUUGAUCGAAAAGAAUCCAAGCCAGAGGAUUUUAUGGACGAAGAAGAUCUUGAGGAACUUGGGCAAACUCAAAAAUUAGUCACAACAGAAGACUUUGAUGCAUUUGGAUCUACGGCGCGUGAUCUUGCUCGAAAGCGUGCCAUUGCGACGGCGAUGAACGAAAGUGGAAGUGUAUUAGGUGUAUUGCCAGACAGGUUUAUUGACGAUCUGGUCAUGCCGAACAGAGAGCCAAUAGGCAUAAGAUUAUUGAAACAAAUGGGAUGGCGUGAAGGCCAAGGAGUAGGACCGCGCGUCCCUGCUCGUUCAAGAAAGGAAGAUGGUGAGAGCGGGUCUGAUGUUGAUAGUACAUAUACCUCAGAUAUUACGUUUGCUCCCAAGGAUACCCAGCUAAUUCAAUUUAAUCAGAAGAAUAAUAAUUUCGGUCUUGGAUUUGAUCCAUACGAGAACGCACCAGAAUUCCACAGAAAGCAGGAUAAAAGCAAAGGUGUGGGUGACACUUAUCUCCAAAAGAGCCAUAAAGACUCGUUACCUAUGAGAGGUGGAAUUGGUGUGGGUGCUUUAGAAGAUGAGGAUGAAGACUAUAUUUACGAUGGACCAUCAAUAUCCGAUUAUCUCAGGUCGUUGGUAGAUGAAGACGAAGACACAUUUGUGAUGGGCAGAAAAGAAACGAAAACAAAGCAACAUAGCGCUAGCAAUACUUUAUCGAAGAGAGAUCGUGGCAUCUGUCGUGAUAACAAGCUGCCGCUUGUGGGGUUUAUCUUAGCUCGCAGGCCUGUGCCUUUGGAUAAAUGGUUCUCCCCACCGGAUUUGCCGGCAGGAUUCACGCCAUUUCAUAUCUUUGAUACGCCUGGACCAGCUACGGAGACUGACGAACAAGAACACGAUCUUCCUAAGGAACCCGAUGAUAAUAAGGACCCACAGAUCACCAGAGAAACCAAUACAAACCAGAUAACCAAAAAAGCCAAUGUUUUUCUCAAGGGGCCCAGCAUGAUUUCCUCGCGUUUUGUCAGUGGAGGUUCUUUGACUGGUCACGAAUUAAGUAAGCCUGAAGGCGGUUUGAAUGUUAAGCCGAUAAUUCCAGAAGUGAAGAUUCAGAAAUCGGAAACAGAAUCUGCAAUAACCUCCACAGCAGAAUCUGCGGCCAGAAUGAACAUGUUUGGGCCGUUGACGCGUACGAAGGUAGACUUUUAUCCUAACCGACUAUUAUGCAAACGGUUCAAUGUUGCGAAUCCCCAUCCGCACUACAAAGCAGAGAAAUCCACUGGCAAGACGGAGAAGGGUCAACGAGAUGUAUUGAACAAGGAAACGUUUGAUAAUAUAAUAAUGCAAAGUAAUAUUGAGAACUUUGCUGUGUUAUCCCAAGAUGAACAAAAGCCACAAUCUCCUAAGUGUAAGCGAACACCCGAAGAUAAUACAGAUGAACAAAAGCCACAAUCUCCAAAGCGUAAGCGAAUACCCGACGAAAGUGAAGAUAAUAUAAUAAAGCAAAGUAAUAUUAAUAUUGAGAACUUUUUCGGUCCAGGACUAGUCUCCCGGGAUGAACAAAAGCCACAAUCUCCAAAGCGUAAGCGAACACCCGAUGCAAGUGAAGAUGACGCCACGUCAUCCGUGAAGAAGUUAAAGGACGGCAGAAGUGUGGAUGAUGCAAAAAGCCGUCACGAGCGAGAUGAGAAAGAUAAAGGCAAGGAAGUAACACGACAGCAAGACGGAGGCGAAAGGAGAAGCACAACGUUAGACGAAAACGGGAAAGCGCUUGACAAAAAAUAUCGUGCUCUGGCCUCCUCCUCUAAUGAUUCUUCGUCUUCUGCUUACAUGCGACUGGCAGCGUCUAAUUAUCGUGAUGCUUUGAUGCUUCUCUCAAGUGAUACUCCCAAUUCUUUUGUGGAGCAUCUUGAUAGCGAAGAGAUGGCCGAUAAAGUUUGGCAAUUGUAUGAUGAAUGCUGGAUCGAUAGCAAAAAUGGAAUGGAUAAGAUUAUUAAUGGUGAAGUGGACAGGGUAUUGAAAAGUAAGGAAAAGGAAGGCGUGAGAAGCUUUAUCAAAGAAGUAAAGUCAGGGUUGGAUAUGGAUGUUGUUGGGCAGAUGGAAUGUAGUAUCGAUGAUGAAUAUGAUACUCUCGAAGUUCCUGAUAUCAACGGUCUAUUGCAAUUCGCAAAGACGGACAAACUCUCUGAUACGCCCGAGUCCAACCAGCCAUCAGCUUCAAUGCUACGACAGGCACAAUUAGACAAACGUCAGUUUGGAUCUCAUACAAGCCAGGCUGCUCAAGACGUCUCUCAUAAUACACAAAAGUUGACUACAGAGUAUCCUCAAUCAAAGCGACAACCUCGUACAGCCUCAUCAUUAAUAUCCUCGUAUUUUAUUAAGAAUCCUAAUAAUAAAAAACCUCUAGUUAGAACAGACCAUAAUUUAUUCGCUAAGAAUAGUAUUCCGUGCAAGCCAAAUCAAAGCCAGAGUAAUAAGAUGGACAUAGAUGAUAAAGCCACGAAUGCUAGGAAUACCGGAUUCUCUAAUGGACUGCCCAACUUGCAUAAUAAGAAAACUAGCGAUGACAUGGAGAUCGAUGAAGAAUGUGAAAAACCAGCCGUGUGUGGUAGCUUUGUCACCGCAAAACAACAAUUAGCAGCCGAAGCAAAGCGCAAAUCUCGCUUUCAACAAUCUCAGAAUGCCGAUGACGAAAGCACACAGUAUAAUUAUUCUGCAAAUUUACGUCGACGCUUACUUAGUUCAACCGAUGUUGGCAAGCGUGGCAAAUUUGUGUCGCCUUUGUUAAAACGUGAAUGUGCAGAAGAGGGUAGGGAGGUAACAAGGAAUAGGGCCAAGUUACUUAAACCAGUAGAAAAUGAAGAACCGGUUGAUGAGAGAUUGAGGAAUAUUGAUCCAAAGAUGGUGGAGAUGAUUCAAAAUGAGAUUAUGGAUAAAACACCGAAUGUCACAUGGGAUGACAUUGCCGGAUUAGAACACGCAAAGAAAACAAUCCAGGAAGCUGUUACUUGGCCAAUGUUGCGACCUGAUAUUUUCACCGGACUAAGAGGGCCACCGAAAGGGUUACUGCUUUUCGGACCACCCGGAACAGGAAAGACAUUGAUUGGCAAAUGUAUUGCUAGUCAGUCUGGGGCAACGUUUUUUAGCAUCAGCUCAUCAUCGCUGACAUCAAAAUGGGUAGGAGAUGGCGAGAAAAUGGUUCGUGCACUCUUUGCAGUUGCACGGGUGAAUCAGCCAGCAGUGGUUUUCGUUGAUGAGAUUGAUUCACUGCUAACACAAAGGACUGAUGGCGAGUUUGAGGCGUCGCGUCGUAUAAAGACGGAAUUUCUUGUGCAGUUUGAUGGUGUUAAGACAGCAGCCGAGGAAGAAGACCGUAUUCUGAUCGUCGGUGCAACCAAUAGGCCACAGGAAAUAGAUGAAGCUGCAAGGCGUCGAUUUAGAAAACGGCUUUAUAUUCCACUGCCUGAACAUGAUGGAAGAUACGGGAUCAUAUGUAAUUUGUUGAAAAAGCAGAAACAUUCAUUGUCAGAAGAGGAGACCCAUGAAAUAUGCAAAAGAGCAGAAGGAUAUUCUGGAUCAGACAUGGAUGGACUCUGUAGAGAGGCCGCAUUGGGUCCAAUACGCACAAUCGAAGACAUACGAAGCAUAUCAGCGGACGAUGUUCGCCCAAUGACGUUUCAAGUGCGGGCAAGUGUUAGCACAAGCGACUUGGAAAUAUAUCAAACAUGGAACGAAAAAUAUGAAAUGGGUUUGAUUUUGUCGUUCAAGGAAAUCUCGCGAGUCCGUUAUGUUAGCGUGAGAGAGCGCAAGAAACCAAUAGGAACAGAUUCGAAUUUAUUACUUAUGCAAAACUAUGAUUGA